AGGCGGGGCCCCCGCAGCCCCGCCCUGGGCCCCCGGGCUCACCGUAGCGUCUGGGGCGGCUGCCGUCUCCGUCGCUGCUGUAGCUGCCGCUGUUGCCACUGUUGCUGCUGCCCCGUCCCGCCGAGGCCAUGGCGGAGCCGAGCAAACAAGACAUCGCGGCCGUGUUCAGGCGUCUCCGCUCCGUGCCGCCCAAUAAGAUAUGCUUUGACUGUGGUGCCAAAAACCCCAGCUGGGCCAGCAUAACUUAUGGGGUGUUUCUCUGCAUUGACUGCUCAGGCACGCAUCGCUCUCUUGGUGUUCACCUGAGCUUCAUUCGGUCUACCGAGUUGGACUCUAACUGGUCCUGGUUUCAGCUGAGAUGCAUGCAAGUCGGAGGGAAUUCCAAUGCUUCUUCCUUCUUCCAUCAACAUGGCUGCACAACAAACGACAGCAAUGCCAAGUAUAAUAGUCGUGCUGCUCGGCUUUAUAGGGAGAAGAUUAAAUCUCUUGCCUCCCAAGCAGCCCGGAAGCAUGGCACCGAUUUGUGGCUGGAGAGCUGUGUGGUCCCGCCAUCAUCACCACAGCAGAAAGAGGAGGACUUCUUUGCUUCCCAUGCUUCUCCCAAGGUUGGAGGCCCGGAGUGGGCAUCGGCAGAGCCAGAGCCAGUGUCUUUCAGACCAAGUUCUUCAGAAACCGUAUCAGACAGUAACGAAGGCGGACCAGAGCAAGGCCCGAGUGUUGAUGGCCUGAGUGUAUCCCCCAAAGCUUCAUUAGAUGUUUCCUCUCUCAUAAAAAAGAAACCAACCCAAGCUAGAAAGGGGCUCGGGGCCAAGAAAGGGGGUUUGGGGGCCCAGAAAGUGAGCAGUUCCAGCUUCAGCGACAUUGAAAAGCAGGCCCAGGCGGUGGAGAAGAGGAAGGAGCAGGACGAUCUCCAGGCACCCAAGGAAGAUUCCAUAAUGUCAUCACUACGCUUGGCCUACCAGGAUCUGGAGAUCCAAAUGGCGAGAGACAAGAAGAUGAACUUUGAUGGCAAAAAGAAAAUUGAAUCAGAGAGACUCGGCAUGGGGUUUGGGAACACCAGAAGCGGAAUUUCCCACUCUGUGGUCUCAGACAUGCAAACCAUAGAACAGGAGACGCCCAUUCUGGCCAAACCAAGGAAGAAGUAUAGCGAUGACAGGGAAGAUUUCUAUUUCACUUCAUCCAGUACAAGGUUCUUUGAAGACCCUGCCGAGGUGAGGAGCAGCACUAUGGCUAAGUGGGACGACAGCUCAGACUUCUUCUGGAGGAGCGAGCCCCUCAGAGAAGCAGACACCAUCCUGGGCUCCAAAGGGAGGAGCUACGCAGACAGACCAACUUCACGUCGCAAGCCUGAUUAUGAGCCAGCCGGAAAUACAGAUGAGGCACAAAAAAAAUUUGGCAACGUCAAAGCCAUUUCAUCAGACAUGUAUUUUGGAAGACGAGACCAGGCUGAUUAUGAGACAAGGGCUCGGCUAGAGAGACUCUCUGGAAGCUCCUCCAUAAGCUCUGCUGACUUGUUUGAUGAGCAAAGGAAACAGUCUUCAGGAAACUACAACCUUAGCAACGUCUUGCCCAACGCCCCAGACAUAGCACAGUUUAAACAAGGCGUGAGAUCUGUGGCGGGGAAGCUCUCAGUGUUGGCCAAUGGUGUCAUGACAUCCAUUCAGGAUCGCUAUGGCUCCUGAUGGCCAUUCGCGAUGACAUGUGGCUGUGCUGCCUUCGGUGUUCCCAGAUCGUCCAUCACGAUGCCCAGCGAGUGGCCUUCAUACCAGGAGUCGGCCGCUUUUCUGCUGAGCAGGGAGCUUUCCGACGGUUCACUUCCUUUUUGAGAAAUUCUUUUUCUUGCUGUGAUAGAAGCUUUUUUAGUAAUUUCUGUUAAUUUAUGGUACAUGUUGAUCCCUGCCCUGACCCAUGCUUCUAGGAGGCCUGCAUAGGAAGCCCGGCCUUCCUUUCUACGUCUAGCCACACCUCCCAAUACAGCCAAGGUCCCAAGAGGGUGGCCAAAGGGAGGGGCGGCAUCCCCUCCACCCCCCAUCUCCCUUCUUCACGGAGUCAGCAUUUGGUCCUGGGGUUUUCAAGUCUGCCGACCUGAUGCUCAUAGCAGACUGGAGACAGGAAAUGCUUCAUCCUUCAAAGGGACCAUUGUCAACCAAAGCUGAAGAUCCCCAAAUAAUUCUGGGCACAUGCCUAAGUUCCCUUGUCUUUGUUCAUUAAAGUGAUGGGAAGAUUGUAUUGAAAACAUUAUUUCCCUUUUAAAAUUGUUAACUUUGUAUGAAUUACAAUAUUUUAUAACAUUUCCAAUGAGCAUUAAAUAAAUCUAAGCUUUCGUGUAGCUUCAGGAAUGAAUCAAUCUUGCUGCUUGCAGGGUGGCGCCUCUGUGUUCUGGAGAGACAGACGCAAGCUGAGAACUCGAGGUUUGCCGUGGUCAGGAAAUACAGGGUACAGAAUGGGAGGGGAGAAAAUCAGGUGGCUACAGGUACACAUGUACACAUACUCUGUGUGUGUGUGUGUGUGUGUGUGUGCUUACACAUGCGUGCAUACAUGCACACAGACUACACGCAGAGCUUUCCACAUCAUCUCCACCAGAACCUGGCUAGGGUACCAGUUGUGACAAUGAAGGCUUUUGUUGAUAUUUUUACCUGAAUCUUGGAUUUCAGCAAAUCACAGAAUGCCCACAAAUGAAGAACCAAUGGGCUGCUUAUAUUUUAGACAGCAAGAAAACACAGGCGAGAAAUUUGGCAAACCAGAAAAUUAGUUUCAACUGAAUGUUUAAUGAAUCUAUUUCUUAAAGUGAUACAAUCUCAAAUUUGUAAACUUCUCAAGCUAAUAAAUAGUUGCAAUCGA